AUGAACUACCAACGUGCUAUAAAUGAAGUCCCCGCCGUAUUCCAAGUCGCAUCAGGCGAGAGAGGAUCAAAUAUCCUCAACAGUUUCCUAGGCUGGGUCCGUAACGAAACAUUCGGAAACAUGGCUGAAGUCUGCGCUUUAUGGGCUGCAAUUGUGGAUGCCAACGAGCACCUUGUGAAACUAGAUCGAGUCCUAACUUCCUGUGAGAUUACACAUCCCGAAUAUAAUACCAAGGAGAUACUGGACUUGGAGUUGAAGGAGGUGAAGGAGCUGAUGUCGCUUAUGCCUGGUGGACCGGAGAACAAGGCGAUCAAUACUGAUGAGGAUCUUAUACGUGCUAUGGUGCGGUUGAAGUUUCUUCGUCAUUUCAGUCAGCAGAAAUAG